AUGACGCUGGAUACAACACCUAAAAAGCUUACUGACUUUCGCUCAAUCUCUUACAAUAGAUUUCACAGAGGAAACAAUGUUAGAAUAACUGUGGCCGCUAACCAGGGCGGAAGAAAGUACAUGGAAGAUCGAGUUCAAAUUGAAACCUUCAGGAAUAAUGACGGAGCUGUUCUUUUCACUUUUCUUGGUGUUUAUGACGGGCAUGGAGGGUGUGAGGCCAGCGAGUUUGUUCGCAAAAACCUAAUGAAUAGCAUUGUGAAUCAAGAAGUCUUCUUCUCUGAUGAUGAUGACGACAUUUUAGAGGCUAUUCGAUUAGGUUUUCUUGAAACUCACGAGCAAAUGUGGAAGGUUGUAGAUACUUGGCCGCGAACAGCGUCAGGCUAUUCUAGUACUGCUGGUACUACUGCUAGUGUAGCCAUUAUCCGUGGUGGAAAGUUAUAUACAGGUCAUGUUGGGGAUUCCGCCAUUGUGUUGGGGAAAAAAGAUAGUAAAACUAUGACUGUAGUUCCCGAACGUUUAACUAUUGAUCAUAAGCCUGAAAGUGAAGAUGAACAGACAAGAAUCCAAAUCGCUGGUGGUCAGGUCAUGAUGAAAAGCGGAGUGAAUCGUGUCGUUUGGACUAGACCAUUGCGUGGGCAUACUGGUCCUGUAAGAAGAAGUACCCCCACUGAAAAUAUUCCAUUUCUGGCAGUAGCUAGAAGCUUAGGUGAUUUAUGGUCAUAUUGUGAGAGCACGAAGCAGUUCAUUGUAUCUCCCGAUCCUGAUUUGAAUGUUCGAACUCUAACAGAUGAUGAUUGUUUUGUUGUAUUAGCAUCCGAUGGAUUAACCAAUGUGAUCUCUGCUCAAGAUGUUACUUACAUAGUAGAUGAGGAUGAAGAAUUAACAAAGAAAUCUUUUGCUGGCAGAAGAACAGAUUAUAUAGAACGUGACAAACAUACUAAUAAUGCUCGGUCUCUCCUAUUCGCUGCACUCAAAAACUGGCGAACUUUCAGAGCUGAUAACAUCAGCGCUAUAGUGGCUGUUUUCGAUCCUGUUGUAGCUGUGAAUCAAGACGACGACGUUGCUUCUGUGGAAGAAGUAUUACCAAUGAACCGCUCUAUUGAUGAAGUUUUUUGUGUCGACCCUGAAGCAAUGAUUAGAGUCUCACCUUACUGUACUCAAAAAAUAGCCACUUAUCGAACACCUCUAGUUUAUCAAGGCGCACUAGAUAACAAUUUCUCUUCUGUUAAUUAUCGUGGACCAGGAUUUUUAACCCACGACGAGGAGAAAAAUCUCGAAGAGCGCUACCAUGAUGCUGAAAAUGAAUCAGAGCUUACUAAUAAAGACUCAGCAGAAGAUAUUAUCGAAGAGAAGGAGAGUAUCGAAGCUGAAGAUGAAGAAGAAACUAAUUCUAUCCAGGUUACACCUGAGAAUAAGGGAGAGGUAUCUCCCAGUGUGAGAUCGCGCUCCGCAAAACGAUCUGCUCCAAUUAACUUAUUUAAUCGUGACAAGUUGCGAAACAGUGGAAAACGUGUUAAAUCUGCCUUGAAUUUGGCUGCUAGUAAUGAAGAGAGUGUAAACGAAACUGGUAAAUACACCGAUGAAGAAAACAUUUCUGAAACUAACAACUCUUCUACUCCUGAAAAACGGGUAACCAGAAGCAGUGGACUAACAUCGAGUAACAAAAAAAUGUCUAACAGGAAGUCGAGGGAUAGAAACGAAGAGUUUGAUUCAUCUACUAUUCUUGAGUUCUCUGUAAGCGAAUCCUCAUUCACAAUGACUACUAGAUCGAAGGAUAAAAUGAAUGCUAAAACUUCGCCGAAUACUUCACCAAAAACUCCUGUACCAUGCAAAUCUCCUAAUAAGAUUUUAACAUCAGCUAAGAGUAGUCGUAAACGUCCACACACUUCUACAAUUGUAUCUUGUGGUGCUACCCCACUUGUAAAUAGAUUAACUAUAGAUACCUCGAUAGUUCAGGAUUCUGAGCCGAAAAUGAGAAGCGCUCCUACUUCGCCUGCCAAGAAGAGUGUUCCAACUGGUUUGUUAGGAAGCAAAUGGUCACUCUCCAAGCUGGAUGAGAUGAAAUCCACAAUAAGAGAAGAGGAACCCCCUAGCAAAAUACGUAGAAUUUACGGAUUCAUGCGCAAGCUUGUUGGUUUUGCAACUUCUCAGUCUUAG